CAUAACCUCAUUUUUAAAUUACGUGUGGCCGAAAGGCCCGAUUAAAUCUUUAAAAUAUAAGACAAUUUUGUGACAAACAUGCCCUCAAAUUCUUUAAAGUGGCAAAUAGCGUUAGGAUUAGGUGCGGUUGGAGCUGUAGGUUUGGCUUAUUGGUAUAUCAGAACAAGUAAAAAUCGGUCAUUACAGACAAUACAGGAAUCGGUAGUUGUUUCUGCCGAAGCAAAAGCAGAAACCCCAUUCCAACAAGCCCAAAGAUAUAAAACAGAAGGUAAUGAAAUGUUUAAAAGGGGUAAAUAUGAUGAGGCGAUAUCACUCUAUAAUAAAGCCAUCGAAACAAUACCAGAUGAAUAUAAAACAGAUUUGGCAACAUAUUAUCAAAACAGAGCAGCAGCUUAUGAACAGUUAAAGAAAUGGAGUUCAGUUAUUUCGGAUUGCACAAAAGCUAUUGAACUUAAUAACAGAUAUGAAAAAGCACUCUACAGAAGAGCUAAAGCUGAAGAGAUGACAAAAGAUUGGGUUAAUGCUUUAGAUGAUGUCACUUCUGUUUGUUUAUUGCAAAAUUUUGGGAAUCAAAGUGCCCUGUUAAUGGCAGAUCGUGUUUUGAAAGAAUUGGGAAAGAAAAAUGCUGCAGAAGCUAUAAAAAACAGACAGCCUAUUAUACCGUCAAAAAAUUUUAUAAAAACAUAUUUUUCUUCGUUUUCCGAGGAUCCAGUGUACAAAAAGUUACUAGAGGUUACAGAUCCUUUGGGGCAAGGAGAGUUAAAAGGGUUCCUUAAGGCAAAAUUAGCUUUUGCAACCGAAAAAUAUGAGGAAGUAAUUCCUGCUUGCACAGAGGAACUGAAUUUGAGCGAAUCAGAAUCCAGUCACAAGCUUGAAGCUUUGUCACUUAGAGCCUCCUUCUAUUUUCUUACUGGGCAAUUUCAAGAGGCCGUGGAGGAUCUAAGUACAAUUAUAAAUACUAAAGAAGCAGACAAUUUAAUAAAAGUAAAUUCCCUUAUAAAGAGGGCCUCAAUAUAUAUGCAGACCGAGAGGCUUCAAGAAUGCCUUGAUGACUUCGAUACUGCAGCUGAACUUGGACCCUUCAUCUCAGAUGUGUUUCACCAUCGAGGUCAAGUGAAGUUACUAAUGGAAAAAACAGACGAAGCGCGGAGCGACUUUCAGAGAGCUGUCGAACUGAAUCCGCAUUUUUCCGUUGCAGUGGUACAAAAGUGUUAUUCAGAUUACAGACAUGCCAUGCAGACACAAAAUGUGGAUCUUCUCAUGCAAAGCAUGCAGGAUUUUAGAAAAGCCAUAGAAAGAUUCCCAAAUUGUCCAGAAACUUACAUACUAUUUGCUCAAGUCAAAACUGAAAAACAAGAAUUCCAUGAAGCGGAAGAGCUUUAUCAGAAAGCGCUAAAGAUCGAUCCGAACAAUGCCUCAAUUUUUGUGCAUAGGGGGCUGCUUCUUUUGCAGUGGAAAGGCGAAAUUGAGAAGGCAGUAGAGAUAAUGAGGGAAGGUAUCAAAAUUGAUGAAAAAUCCGAAUUUGCCUACGAAACGUUAGGCACAGUAGAAGUACAAAGAGGCAACUUGGUACUAGCCAUAGAUUUAUUCAACAAGGCCAUAGCUCUAGCAAGAUCUGAAAUGGAGAUGGUUCACUUGUUCUCUCUGAGAGACGCCGCUGCAUCCCAACUGAAAAUCGCCUCAAAACUAGGGGUUGGUCCGGAUCUUCUCAAAGGAGUAUCUUAACCUGUUAUUAUUCUUUGUUAAUGUGUUACAAAUUUCUUGUGAGGUAAGCAUUGUUACUGUAAAUAUAAAUCAUUCCAAAAUUAAAUGAAAAUUUAUAGUCGAAAGGUUUUUGCUUCGCAUUUGCAGAUUUGGAUAAUAGAAGCUGCUGACUGAUGUUUUAUGUUAUGAGUUAAGUUAAAGUACAUCACAUUAAUAUUUCUGUUUUAUUUUCUCUAAUCGUUUGGUAUUUCACAUUUUAAAUAGACUGUUUAUAUUUUAA